AUGGCAAAAUCCAUUGCAACUAAUGACACUAUCGAUUCUUCAGCGUUAGAAACUCCGUUCACUCGAAGAGUAAAGUUCAGCUUUUUGGUCAGUUGUCAAGUUCCUUCUGCUCUCUGUAGUUUGACUAUAUUUUAUUACUUUAUUCGUUUGUCGGAAUUACGCGCCAAAAAACAUAAUCAUGCUAUAAUAUGUUUACUGUUUUGUAAUUUCUUGAUUGUUACCGUUGAAUUACCGAUUACACUCGUUUAUCUUUAUUUUGGUCAACUUACUCCAGCUGUUUACUCGCUUUGCAUCUACUGGGUAUUUGUCAACUUUUUUCUUUACACGACCAGUUUCUGGAUGAUGGCAGUAACAUCCAUCCAACGAUAUUUAUUCAUUUUCCAUCGAAAUCUCGUAAACUCCCAUUUUAAACAUUAUACUCCGCUCGCUCUACCGACCAUUUCUUAUGGUAUCUGGUACACGGUAUUCAUUUUUUUCUAUCCAUGUCAACAAGAUUUUGAUUAUACUCAGUUGUGGUGCAUGGGUGCAUGUUACGCUUAUGAAGAUGUAAUUGGAACAGUCGAUUGGAUAUUGAGCUCGGUUAUACCUAUUCUAACUACUAUCGUUAUCAACGUUCUUCUCAUCAUACGAGUCGUUUAUCAAAAAUAUAAGAUUCAACAUAUUCAUACAUGGCGCAUUACUCGUAAACUCGUCAGUCAAUUACUCUCCAUUUCUCUUCUUUUUCUCAGCAUCUAUUUACCCAUAACACUUUUCGCAUUGAUUCGUCUCUGGAUUGACCCAUCCUUUCUGGUCACUGAGAAUGCACUUUACUUUUUGUACGUCGGAUACCUCGUACCAUUAUUGAUGCCAUUCAUUUGUUUAAUCAGCUUACCAGAAAUCGUGAAGAAGAUCAAGACUGCAUGUUUCUGUAACAAUGCAAUAAAUCCACAACAACAACAACAACAAAUUCCAAUGUCGAUAGUCAGACGGCAUCAUAUAUAG